GGCUGUCAUGUAAGCAAGAGAGCAAGAUUUCGGAGCAUUGAAGUGAUAUCUACUUGCCACUUUUAAUGCUUGGCCUGUCCUCCUUUUAAUGGGGUUUGAUGAACCCAAUUUAAGAACCCCUCUUAAGUAGACACACUCUCCUUGCAUGACUUCUGCAACCCAAAGAGGAGAUUUUGGAUGUCCUUCACUACAACUGUCCGUUUGAUCCCAUAGUUUAUUUCACUGGGCUUUCUCUUCUUUUCUCCUUCUCCUUCCUAGCUUGUUUUCCUUUUAGUUUUGCCCCCUCUAUAGUAGUUUGAAUAUGUCCAUUUAGGUGGGGGAAGCAAGAGUACUGCAACAAAAGAAGAAGAGCAUUGGAACGAGUGGUUGCUGGUUUUCAUGGAUAUUGUGGAACUUACGGAGCUCUCUUUGGCUCCAAAUCAAUUUCUUGCUGACAAAAGCUGCCAUAGUUCAUCAUCUGACCAGGCUGAUUUCAAUAUGCCUUCAAAGAAGAGGAAGCUUUUCCCAGAUCACCUGCUCAGUGCUGGAUCACAAUUUCAAACAAGUGUUGAUCUUCAAGUUAAAGACCCUCUACCACUAGACUGGGAGCAAUGCCUUGAUCUUGAAUCAGGUAAGGUGUACUACUUGAACAGAAAAACCUUGAAAAGGACCUGGAACUGGCCGAAGGAUCAGAAGCUAGACCUUGAACUCAACAUCUCCCCGAAAUCCAAUUGCUCCGAGCAAUGCAGCGCUUCUGUCUCACUCGAAGACUCUAACAAGCAACACUCAACAGGCACUAACAUGGUGGCUUUGGCUUGCUUGAAUUGCCAUCUCCUGGUCAUUCUCUCCAAAUCAUCCCCUGCCUGCCCCAACUGCAAGUAUGUCCACUCUCUUCCUGCCUUACAAGCCCAACCACCAAAAGUUUCCGCCAUCAAGUCCCUGGAUACCUUAAGCCUCUUGAACUAA